GGCUAGCCACACCUUUCGGCCCCUCCAUUGAUACUAUAUGUCAUAGAUACCCUCUAGGAUUUUACUGCUUGCACUGCAUUGAGUUGUCUUCUCAUCUGAUCACUCCAAUCUUGCCAUCUUCCAAACGCUUCUGGGUUCGCCCGUUAUUGCAAUGAGUCGGCGUCAUUUGGAGUCUGCUUUGGUCGCUGGAGCACUGAUUGAAUCGGGCUUAAAACCUUGCUUCCGUUUCACUCGCGUCCGUUUCGUGAGGCACUGCUUUCCACCAGGCUAUGACAGUUCUAAACACUAUCGCUCUGAAGAUCCUACUAAUGCUCAAAAGAAUGACCAAGCCGGAAUGGGUGGAUAUACCCAUGAAGAAGGGGUAUACGACGACGACGACGACGACAAGCAGCUUCGUAUACCGCCAACUUUGACGUUGACAUGCAACUGUUGUCCAUCAACGCCUGCCACAACCAACGGGAAUACGGAGCUAAACGUAGCUGCCUUGUUCGGCGAUGGUGAUUGCGAGAUGCCGCAACCCGUGGGCACUGGUCCAUGCAAAAUGCAUACCGAGGAAUUUUUGCGCAAGAAACCGUGGCGCCGUCUAAGAGACGACUAUUCUGUUCACGCGGUGCAGUUCAGCCCGGACGGAAAGCAGUUGUUGGUUGGAUCGGCGAACACUAGCGUUAGGGUUAUUCAAACUGCGGAUGGCAAGCAACACCUGCUGCCACGACCAUCUAAAUGGACUCUGGGUAUGCCUAUUACUGCCAUUCGGUUUAUGCCACCCAAAGCCAUUUGGGCUGUGGCGUGUAACGCACAUGGCGAGGUGUUCGCCUUCAAGCCGGACUGUGAAGGCUUUGAAACACUGUUCAAAGAACCACAGCAGACCUAUACGCUGGAUUUUUCACCUGAUGGCAGUGAACUUGCCACAGCUGGCGUUGACCGAAAAAUACGUAUUUACACUCUUCAUCCUGGAACCGUGAUAGGACUUCCGUCGGAGUUGAAGGACCCUUGUGACUGGGGCACUGUCAACCGGUACACUGGGAGCACUAUUAUUGGUCGGCGAAUUCAGGCUAUGAUAGACGCAACGCGAGAUGAACUCCCCAACUCCACUCGCUUUCACUUUCCUGGUGGUAGACCAGAUCAAAUUGUCGAUCUGACUGUCAAACCGUACACGCUCACUCGUUGCUACGGCACUCCGGAUUUGUUGGAUCCUCCGGAUUUGCCGGAACCUGCCGGAUACGUCAGCGAUCCCCGUCUGGCCCCUCCACUACGUGAGUAUGUGCCCAGUUCCCCUGGAGUCAACCUCACGGAGGGUCAUUCGAAACGAAUCAUGGCAUUACGGUUUCACCCCCAGAAAUCGUCACUUCUAUUCAGUGCUGGCUGGGAUAACAUCGUCAAAGUGUGGGAUACGCGCCUACAAAGUGGUCCAGUGUGGCAAAUUUACGGACCACAUGUGGCCAGCCCAGACGGUUUGGAUGUAGAUGACAACCAUUUGUUGACCGCUUCUUGGCGCGCCACCAACAGUAUCGAGAUUUGGGAUUUGCGCACCUUACAUUACAACACUUGUAAACUGCGAAACGCCCAAAUGGAAAUGCAACCAAAACCAGCAACCAACGGAGGUGACAGUAGCGGUUACCCGUUGAGUGGAAACCUUUCCUUCGAUGUACCAUCCAAGAAGCUCGAUGCUACUGAUGGGCCUGUGGAAGUUAUCCCCAUCUCUGGAUCGGUAUGGGUUCCCGAUCGGUCCAAGGAAUCUGGCGAAUAUCCCUACGCUGCUCGAUUAUUGCCAAGUCGCGCGGUUGUCGCUGCUGGAUCUGGGUUCUACGAAGUUCGUGUGGUCGGCCGCGAUACGCUCUUGCCUAUCGUUCGUGUUCCCGUGGACUCCGUGGUGCAAAGCAUGGACGCCAUCUUGGAAGGACGUUACAUUGGAGUGGGCUGCGCCAGUGGUACUGUCUCGCUCAUUGGAUUGGCUUAAUUACCUCGAACCUGUGAUGCUUCAACUGUGAUAUGGAAUCCGCACCGGGGGACACAUUACCCAAGUGUGAUGGAACUCAAGAAAGGCGUUUUCUUCUUUUAUCUAAAGCUUUAUCGAAACUAAUUUGAUCCAACUUGUAGGAUUACCAACUUGUCCUUGUGAUGCUAAGCUGUACACUGAUAGCUAUCAGGCAUGCCUGAGUGUAUGAGGUUUCCUCACAUCGACAGAUAAACUACUUCUCUAAAAUGUCAUCAUUUGCAUUACACUGGCCAAUGCAUCACGGACUGUUUUACUGUGAGAGGCUUGAUCUUGUAUGUGGAAGCUUGAGUGAGUUCUUCCAAAUCUGUUGUAAUGUUGUUGUCGUCGUCCGUAUUUCUACCUAGUGCUUCAUUCUCAACGGAAAACACAGAAGUUAACGCGGUGCUGAUCAAGUUUUUCUUCGACGACGUUUUUAUAUGGACGUCGGUAUCCUCCA